UGCUUCUGAAAGGGAAAAAAAAUGCAUAUCGGUUCACUUCACAUAUCCAGCUCCAGCAGAUGAACAUAGACAUAGAUACAUCACAGACGCUGAAUGCUCAGCUGAAAUGAAAAUGGACACAACACCUCAUUGCAGAAUGAACAAAGCAAGACCCAGUAGAAUCCGCAGCAGCACCACUAACAUAACAAAAUUCCCAAAAUCGUUCUAAAAACAAAAAGUAAUAAUAACACAGAACCAUGUACGAAAAAGUAGUUCUCACUUUCAUUUUCGUAUUCCUUCUCAUAAUUUCCUAUUCAAUUUUCAUGGGAACCCUCGACAUUAGAUCUUACUUCUUCCCUCACUUAAAAUCACCAACCCUCGAACCCGCUCCAUGUUCACCCGACCCGCCUCUCCGUGUCUACAUGUACGAUCUCCCUCGCCGUUUUAACGUCGAAAUGAUUACUCACCGGACCGCGUCGGAAUCUCCCGUCACCGUUAAGGAUUGGCCGCCGUGGCCGGAUAAUUGGGGGUUGAAGAAGCAACACAGUGUGGAGUAUUGGAUGAUGGGUUCGCUUCUUCAUGAAGGGGAAGAUGGUGAGUCCAGAGAAGCUGUUAGGGUUUUCGAUCCGGAAUUCGCGGACGCUUUUUUUGUUCCUUUUUUCUCUUCGUUGAGCUUUAAUUCCCACGGUCAUACUAUGACGGAUCCUGCUACGGAGAUUGAUCGUCAACUGCAGGUUGAUGUGAUGGAAUUCUUGACGAAAUCCAAAUAUUGGCAGAGGUCUAGAGGCAGAGACCACAUAUUUCCUAUGACACACCCCAAUGCCUUUAGGUUCCUAAGAAAUCAAGUGAAUGAUACUAUUCAAGUUGUUGUGGAUUUUGGUCGCUACCCCAAGGGCAUGUCUAAUUUGAACAAAGAUGUAGUGUCCCCGUAUGUGCAUGUUGUGGAUUCUUUUACAGACGAUGAACCUGAAGAUCCGUACGAGGCUCGCUCCACACUGCUUUUCUUUCGAGGAAGGACUUUCAGGAAAGAUGAAGGCAUUGUCCGUGCUAAACUGACAAAGAUAUUGUCUGGUUACAGUGAUGUUCACUAUGAGCGAAGUGUUGCAACAGGAGAAAACAUAAAAGCGUCAUCUAAAGGGAUGCGUUCAUCAAAGUUCUGUUUGCAUCCAGCAGGAGACACGCCAUCAUCUUGUCGCCUUUUUGAUGCCAUUGUGAGUCACUGUGUUCCUGUCAUUGUGAGUGAUCAAAUUGAACUCCCAUUUGAGGAUCAGAUCGAUUACUCCCAAUUCUCUUUGUUCUUCUCUUUCAAAGAGGCAUUACAACCUGGUUACAUGAUCGACCAUCUUCGUAAAUUCCCAAAGCAGAAAUGGACUGAAAUGUGGAGGCAACUUAAAAACAACUCUCAUCAUUAUGAAUUCCAGUACCCUCCAAAAAGAGGGGAUGCUGUUAAUAUGCUCUGGAGACAGAUUAAACACAAGCUUCCAGAGGUCACACUCUCUAUUCAUAGAAGCCGAAGGUUGAAAAUCCCAGAUUGGUGGCAUAGGAGAUGAUUUUUGGAGCUUUCUGCAUGAAUCUUGUACAUUCACUCUCUUAAGUUUCUGUUACUUUCUCUGAAAGGGAUCAGAAGAAUCUCAUUGCCACAUCACGUCUUAUCUCCACAUUUCAUAAUAGAGUAUUGUGGAAGUUUUAGCCUGUGAUUUGUUUCAGUUUCAUUGACACAUCACGUCUUAUCUCCGCAUUUCAUGAUAGAGUAUUGUGGAAGUUUUAACCUGUGAUUUGUUUCAGUCGUUUACGCCAGACCUCACUCGGGAGCACAGCUUUCAUUAACAUUCAAAUGGAGAUCCAGUGAUAUUUUGACACCUCCUAAUGUGUGCAAUUGUUGUUUCUUUGGGUUAUUUUUGGACUUUGUAGUUGGCAAAUGAAGAUAUGCUCCCAGGACGGGGGAGGAAGAUAAAGAAAGGUAUUUCAAUUUUAUUUUCAUUCUCCAUUUCACCAAUUUAAUUUGUGCAAUGCUAUUGCCUAUUGAACUAAAGUUAAUCAUAAAAUUCAUUAACGUUCAACGAGUUCAAAUUACAGUUUUUAUCCACUUUCCAUGUGAUACCAGUUGUUUGUAAUUUUAAUUUCUUUCGUUCCUGUUAAAAGCCUGUUAGUGCAAUUAAAAGAAGGUAGUAGUAUAUAUUCUUAUUUAUUUA